GCAGCCACCAACAGCAGGUCUCUUCUUUUCUUUGUCUGCAAAACCCCAGCAGGGACCUUCACCAGCUGCUUACACCACCCAGAGACCAAGCCAGUCACUCUAUGAAGCUGCAACAGCUGUAGCUGCGAACGCACAACUGGCUCGUCUCUGUGUGCCAACCGGCUGGCCGAAGGUGUGCCUCCCUGCGUAGAACAUGUCCAACAACAUGGCCAAGAUUGCGGAGGCUCGCAAGACAGUGGAGCAGCUGAAACUGGAGGUCAACAUCGAUCGCAUGAAGGUGUCCAAAGCGGCAGCCGAUCUCCUGGCCUACUGCGAAGCCCACGCCAAGGAGGACCCCCUGGUCACCCCCGUCUCAGCGGCGGAGAAUCCCUUCCGAGAGAAACGGCUGUUCUGCAUCGUGCUGUGAGCCAAGACGGACCCCUCCCCAAUUUCUCUUGCCUCCGCCUUCGUUUAUAUAUCUGAACUGUCUCUUCCAAGGUGAAUAAGCAGCAUCCUCUAACAAGUGGAAGAGGCCUGGCUUUAACUGAAAGCAAGCAAGCUCCUAGUCCUCACCGUCACCGAGAUCCAGUUGCCUGGAAGAUGAAAACCUCCAGUUGUCCAAUCACAUGAAUUUUCUUUGUCCUGGUUUACUCUAAUAAAAGUUUAGUUGUUUCUUUCCA